AUGAAUGGUAUACUUGAAAGGACUCGAGAAGAGUUUGACAGUCUUGUGAAAUAUGGUAAUGAAACCAGAAACUAUGUAAAGGGAGAAACGUAUAAGGUAGAAGCACUGGCAUCAAAAUGUCCACCACUGAAAUCGUCCGGAAGUUCCAAAACCAACGAAAGCGAGACCGGAAGAACGCAAGCGUCCAGAAGUGCAAUGAUGGCAAACAAGUGUUAUAAUUGCAAUGAGUUUGGACAUUUAGGACGUGACUGUCCAAGGCAAGGAACGAACGUGAAGAUGUGCUACGAAUGCAGAGAAUUCGUCACUCAUCGAGCCGCCCAAUGUCCACAACGGCUGGCAAAUUCGAAAGACAGAAGGACCUACUGAGUAAAUACUGACCGAAAGGACCGGAUGGUGUAUACAGGGUGUUCGUUAUGAAACGCACUGUAAUAACAUCGUUGCAUUCCUUGUCAAAUUCUAAAAAUUACG